AUGCCGAUCAAAUUUCCAAAGGGAUUCACCCGUCGGAAAUCGUCGGGAAAUCCCCUUGAGGGAACGGACAAUCAUUCGGAACCAUUUCGCGUGCUGCAGCGCAAUCGUGGAGGGAGCAAGUCCUUUGACGAGACCGUUAAAAUAUCAGAGCUUGCCGGGGGCGGACCAUACGGCUCUAGAGGUGGUCCUGGUCAAUUGAGCAAACCUGGUUCUAGCAAUCGGGGAAGUGGGACAACUAGCAAUUCGACCUCGACUGGAGGUUAUCAUGAUACUUCGUCAGCAUCCGCUCGUUUCAGUUCUUCAUCUACUCUGCCGUCCUUGACCGACGCCAAGAAUUCCGACGAAUUUGCCUCGUCCAAGGAACCCCAGAAUCAGCAUCAAGUUCCUAUCCCCCCGAUUCCGGACUCGCGGCCCACUUUCUCGUUACGUGCUGCUGGCCGAACAUUUUCUUUUGGCGCCAAAUCGCCAAAGUCUGUCAAAUCACAGCCUGCUCAUCCUUCUCAUCCUCCCCCUCCCCCUCCCACUUCCUCCCACUCCGUACCCUCACCUUCUUACCAAUCCGAGCCCAAGCGAAGGGAAGCGCCACGUGCUGCUAUUGCCUCUCAGAAGAUGGCUAGUCACGUCCAUUCAGCCGCGGCCCCAAGGCUGGAUACCGAUAUUGGACUAGGCGGUUCGAACUUUGGAGGUGCUGAAUUCGGCAAUAUGUUUGAGAACUUUGGAAAGCAGGAUCCUCGAGGACCUGCUUCGCAACCCCGGGAUUUUGGCCGACCGGUGAGACAAAGCCCGGUGAGUAAGAAGGCCGAAUAUUCCCCCCCCCCUGAACUGCUCUCGCUUUCGUCGCCAAAGAUGCCGCCUAAGCCUCAUGAGGGACCCCAGACCCGCAGCAGUACUCUGCCUCCCAACUACGAUUACUCCCCCGAAAAGAGAAAUUCGCGAUAUUCUUGGGAUAGCAAUGCGUCGCAAGAGGGGCUCAUGUCUUCUACAACGCCGCCUCCGCUGCGAACUUAUCAGACUGAUGAGCGAGCCAUGUCCACGCCAAGGCAUCAGGACGUUCGACCGCUAAUUCCACCAAGUACAACAUCACUCCCAACGAUUGUACAAUCUCCGGCAGACUCUUCGCCAGAUUACACAGACGCAGGCUCUCGCAAUAACGCGAUGAGGAGAAGCAGUGCCUUUAUGGCACGUUCUCGAUCUGUUCCGUUGGAAGAUGAAGAUGCCAAAUUAGUAAUGAAAUCAGUAGCCGAAAACAGAGCCCCGAAUCGCAGACCAGAUGGCGUGCGGACAAUUGUUGGCCUCCCUUCCGAGCACAAUGCCCAGGAACGAGAGAUGAAUUCUCUACAAGCACCGUCAUUCCAGUCAUUCUCGGCAAAGAACGCGUCCGUUCCUUCCAUCGUUCAAAGCAGCAAUAGACAUAGCUCUGCCAUGACUGAUGAUGAGUUUGAUGUCAUUGACACAUCUGGCGCGUGGCAAGCAGCGUCGACGGAAACAACUCCGAAGGCGAGAAAUAUGGAGUUGGUUCAGCAAAACGCCGCUGCAGCGCCCGGCAAUCCUACGAAACCCGCAAGCACCCAGACUUCUUCUAAUGCUAGACCUGAGGCAGCGUCUGUGAAAAAGGUCAUGACGCCUGCACAAUUCGAACAAUACCGUCGCGAACGUGAGCUGUCGAGGACCAAGAGUAACGCUUCCGAUAGCGGAAAAUCAUCAGCGAGCGAUGAAGGCUAUGAGGAUGUCGACGAAUCGGAAAGAAAUCGUUUGUUGGCUAAACAGCGACGAAAGCAGGAAGCUCACCUUGCAGUUUACCGCCAACAGAUGAUGAAAAUCACUGGCGAGGAUGCUAUGGAUGAGGUCUCACUCAACUCCCCGAGGCCGGCAUUGGCGCGGGCCACUGGCAGUAUGCCUACUCUGCCCGUCAGUGCGUCUUCCGCCAGCCUAGCGAUGGACAGAUUAGGCCCGAAUGGAAGGAACAGCGACGACGACGAAGAUGAGGAUGUGCCCUUGGGUAUCCUCGCUGCGCAUGGAUUCCCGAGCAAAAACCGUCCUCCCUCACGCUUGCAUGGUUCAUCGUCGAUGACCAAUCUUCGAGCUUCUGCCCAACCUGGAGCUUACCCGCCGCCUCCCGGUUCUGCAAUGGGAGAUCCAGCAGCAAAUGGUGCCCGCGGCGGCAAUCUUCCCGUCUUUGCCAGAAACUUACCCGUCGACCCUUACCUUGGGGCAAGCUUGGUGGCUCCUACGAAUCGUCAAUCCCUGGCCUUUAGUCAGAAUGGUCCCCCUUCAAUCCAUGCCGGCGGUGCGCCACCAAACGUGCCCGCGGGAGGCCUUGUAGGUGUGAUUGCUGAAGAAGAGCGUUCCCGAGCCCUGAGGCGUGCUAGUCCAAGUGCACAUGCACUGUAUGGCAGCGCUCCGAAUGCGCCCGCAAUGGCAAAUGGGUUCCCACAAAUGUACCCGCAGGGCUCUCCCAUGGCCGGUUUGCCGCCUCCAGGCUUCCCUGGGAUGAACAUGGGCAUGCCGAUGAUGCCAGGAACUCCUGGCACGCCACCUUUGCUAUCGCCUAGCGACCAGGCACAGAUGCAAAUGUCACAGCAGAUGACACAGAUGAUGCAGGUGCAAAUGCAAUGGAUGCAGCAGAUGAUGCAAAUGCAAAACAUUAACAGUCCGAGUCCACCUGUUCCAAAUGGAGCUGCCGGGGUCGGUGCUGGCGGGUUCUUGGCCCCACCUGGUGGUCCGAUGCAGCGUCCCAUAUCAAUGGGAAACCCAGGACGGCCCAAUACCCCAGGCUCAUUCUUGAAUGAACAGCAUCGGAAUACAAUGUUUGAUCCGGUCAUGUCUCAAUGGAACAAUACUCCAAAUGGCCCGAACCCUGGCUACGCGGCAUCGGCAAAGGGUUCACUCCAUGGUGGAAGACAAGGCUACACACCCUCAAUUGCACCUUCAGAGCGUAGCAACGUUGGUUUACCUUCUCGAUAUCGACCCGUUUCCGUGGCGCCGCCCGCAGCGAACAGUCAGGACAAGUCUCGAGCGUCUAGCUUCACUUCGGGUAUGCUCAACGGCUUCAGUAACAGCAACAACACGCAGGGUCAAAACGGGCCUUCCUCUAAAUCUACAGUUCAAGCAUCGAUUCGUGUCAUCCCACCUCCCAAUGAGACGGCUCAGAACAGGUCUGCCAUUGCUGACGAGGACGAGGACGAGGGAUGGGCGCAAAUGAAGAAGCGACGCGAAGAGCAACGAUCAGCACGAAAGAGCAAAAAGCCACCUAGCGCCCUUGACGGGAUCUUUUAUCCUGGCGAGUCACCAGUCGACAUAAGCCCUACGACACCGCAUUAG